AUGAGUUGUCACUAUUAUACAUGUGGUGGACAUUUUGGAGAAAAGAGGACUGCUCUCAAGGUGCUUGAAAGUGGAUUAUAUUGGCCCACCCUAUUCAAAGAUGCAUUCCUCUUUUGUGAUCGAUGUCAAAGGGUAGGUACGUUGGGAGCCCGAAAUCAAAUGCCACAAACACCCAUACUUUUUGUUGAAAUUUUUGAUGUUUGGGGUAUUGAUUUCAUGGGGCCUUUCCCUUUAUCUUAUCAUAACCUUUACAUCAUUCUUUCCGUUGAUUAUGUGUCAAAAUGGGUGGAAGCAAGGGCCACUCGAACUAAUGAUUCUAAAGUGGUUGUAGAUUUUGUUAAAUCCAACAUUUUUGCAAGGUUUGGAACAUCAAGAGCUAUUAUUAGUGAUGGAGGACUACAUUUUUGA